AUGGCUGAACCUGAGGACGUUGAGGAAGAUCUUUUCGCGGAUCUGUAUGAAGCCGACGACAAUACAAGCCAUACCAUUCCCAGUACGGAAACUUCAAAAUCCGUCGAUCCUGUGCCCUCAGCUCCACCUAUCAAUCCCUCUCAAAUCCCUAUUCAAUCUGUUGAAACUGGCCCGAUCGAGUUCGAGACAGACGCUGCAUACCAUCACGCGUAUCAAGGAGUCCACCAGAAUGGCACGGAUAAUGUAGGUAGUGGGCGUGCACAUCAUGCCAUGUCUGGUGGUGGUGAGUCCGAGCCCCGAGGCACUGGUAUUAAAGAAGACGGGUAA